AUGGCCGAAGCGCACGAGGAGCCGGGACUUUCGUGUGCCUGCUGCGGCCGGGCAGAAGCAGAUCAGCCGUACAUCGAUGCCGCCAGCCUCCAUCAGGCGGCGCUCUACGGGGACUCUAAGCAGCUGCAGCAAUUCAUUCGCGAUGGAGUCGACGUUUCUGCCGUAGACGCGAAGCAGCAGAAUGCGACCGCUCUUCAUUUCGCCGUCGAGUCGGGCAGCAAGACGACUGUCCAAGCCCUCGUCGAUGCCGGGGCGAACAUUUCGGCGCAAAACAGCAACGGCGUGGCGCCGCUGCACACGGCUUCCGCCAAUGGACACUAUGCCAUAGUCCAGUUGCUGAUUGAAGCCGGCGCCAAUGUCAAUGUCCGCAACAAGAAUGGGGGGACACCUUUGCACGGGGCGGCCUUGUUCUGGCAGCCUAAAAUCGCAAAGCUUCUUAUUGACGCCGGGGCCGAUGUCCAAGCAAAGGAUCGCGACGGGCGGUCCCCUCUGCACGAGGCCGUCCGCGCAGAGUCUUUGGCGGUCGCCCGUCUGCUGCUCGAUGCGGGGGCCGACGUCAAUGCCACAGACGACAACGGCGACACGCUGCUGCAUGUCGCACUGGCCGACGGCCGAAAUUGCAUCCAGCUUCUACUUGAUCAUGGCAUCAAUGUGUCCAACAAGAACAGCAGAGAUGCAGAGGGAAACACGCUGCUGCAUCUAGCAGCGGAGAGCUCAGCGGCGCUUCUCCAGGCUUUGCUUGCCACGGGCCCCGAUGUCGAAGUGGUGAAUAAUGAUGGAGCGACGCCAUUCCUUUGUGCGGCUGCGCACGGAAGCCUUGAGCAGCUUCGGCUUCUCGCGGAUGCCGGCGCCAACGUGAUGGCGCUCACCAAGGAAGGCGAGACUGCCCUGCAUUUGGCAGCAGGAGACCCGGAGCAUUCAUAUGUAGGCUAUCGACCGGAUGCGGUCGAGAAGCUCACGUUGCUUGUCGGUGUUGGCGUGGAUGUGAACGCGAGGACGAAAGGUCACACAGCACUCGGCCGGGCAAUGGAGUGUGGGCAUGAACCUGUAGCAAAAGGGCUUCGUGAUAGAGGUGCUAAAGAAUAG